UCUUUUAUAUAGCCAAACAUAUUUUGUUCUGUUAAAUUGCAUUUAAUAUGUUCAAUUAUGAGCUAAAAUUCAAGCCACUUUACAAACCAAAUUUCAUAUAUGUGAUAUUGUAUACAUGAUUAACGCUUAAUCAUUCAGAAAAAGGUGGUCUCUUUCGCAAGAUAAAUAAUUCACGCUCUCAGUUUUUACACCCUUUUCAUUGUAGGAAGGGCUUACUAGCUUUAUAAACAAUAAAGUAAAAGCACGUAAGGAGUGAUGGCAUAUUGAUUUAUUGAUUUUUUAUGUAUCAGCAAAUAUUAUUAUUCACUGAUGUAGUCGAACAAGGACUGAUCCCAUGGUUUGGUUGAAUGGUGAAUAUCCCUUAUAAGAAAAUAUAAGAACUAUAAGAAACCAGAUAGACCCAUACUCAUUUUUAAUUGAAUAUCAAAAGCUUUUGUAACUACUUAACAUGUAAUUUCAAUUGAACCACAAACUUUAACUACUGCAUUCGAAACAUUAAUAACAUAUAAUUUUACAUCACGCCGACAAUUUUAGACAGUAGCAAACAAGGACGACAUUUUGGUAGUAAAAUUAACACCCCAAGUUACGCCAGAAAAUGACUGAAUAAUUGAAUUAUAUAAGAAUAUCGGGUAUCAAUCGUCUAUCAUAAUAAACCAACAAGAGGGGAAUUUAAUAGUACCAAACAAUUUUCAACUAUACAACUACUACUUUUUACAAUAUUCGACACGUACCAGGUAGACAGUAGAAAGGCAGUAAAAAACUAUUACUUAUUAAUAUAAGUACUUGCUUUGGUGAAACAGUGGAAUAUGUGUCCGUUUCACAGAUUAGAAAGUCCAAACAAACCUUGGAUUAUACAUAAACAUUCAUUUAUUCUUGAUAACCGUCGUUAUUCAUAUCACCAGCUUAUUUCAUUCGGGUGAUAACAAAAUAAUAGCAGACAGACUUUCAGUCGCAAUCCAGCAAACUUAGUUGUAAAAAGUCAAGUGCCAUGUACUGUCGUUUAAGUUUUAGGUCUGUAGUUGCGUUCAUUAUUAAUUUUGUUUUAUAAUCAUGGUGUUUUUAUAACAAACGGAAUAUUCAGAGCCAUAAUGUUUAAUACUCAAACAAGAUUCUAGGGCUGAAAAAAGUAGAUGUACAGUACCAUCAGCAGGACUCAGUGGCACAGUCGAUUGGUAUAGAGUAUCGCACAAAGAAUAAAUUUGCAUUGCGAUAUACAGAAUGCAGUUCAGUUGGGCGUACGAUGGCGUUAACGGGUCUGUGCCGCGUAAUACUGGGCCGGAAUGUGCAGAUUACCUAUUACCGAGCCGAAAACUGAUGGAAACAAUCGUCAUAAUACCGCUCUGCCUGAUCGCAAUCAAGUGUUCUAUAAGCAAGUUGAAACCGAUCACAUACCGACAGCUAGAUCGAGCGACUGGUAGUGCUCUCGGUGUGAACAGAUCACUUAGUAGCAGCAACCAUAAUCUACACCAUUUACACUACCAGCGAAAUCUAAUUGACUCAGAACCGCGAGAUUUACUGAUGCCUCACCAUCGAGAGCGAUCUUUCUCCUCUGCUUCAAUUGCCAGCGGAAUGCUAGAGGAUCUUCAUUGUCAGCGAUGUGUUCAAACGGUAUCAGGUCGCGGUAUGAUUUUCCCUGGAGACAUCCUUGCACCUAGCUGGGGAAAACAAUUGCUGCUUGUUACUAUGACGCUUACGUUAGGGGUUGAGCUAGGCUUUAAAUUCGCUACUAGAACAGUGAUUUACAUUUUAAAUCCAUGUCAUAUAACUACCAUCAUACAGAUAUAUCUUUUAGCUUGCAAUAAACCGACCAAGAGCAGUACAGUACUCUUUCGACUACAGAUGAACUUUUUAAAUGGGCCACUGUUAGCUUUCAUGUUUCCGGAAACCGACAGCCGACAGUUACCAUUAGAAUCAUCUAUCUACUGGAUUCAACACGCACUUAUGUGUAUAAUACCUGUAUUCCUAUUAAGAAUUGGAGGAGUAUAUAACAUGGAAGCAUUAAAUGAUUUCACUUGGAAUAUUAUUGGCUACGCUACUUUAAUAAUCUAUCACUUUGGAGUCCUACAAGUUGUAGCAACUCCAGUGCAAGUUAAUCUGAACCACAUGCUGUGUCCCGCACUAAAAGAUCCGUUUGAAGGUUCCAACUACCGCAUAUUUGCCGUUUUUCAUGAGGCAAUUUUGUGCACAUUACUGUGCAAACUAGUCACAUUUUUGUUUAGUCCGUUACCUUUUUCAAUUGUAAAUCAUCCAACGUUCAAGAACGGAAAGCCCACGGACUCAUCACCAAUUGUUCCUGCGAAUACCAUAGGAUCCUCUACGUCUCUACCACCACAUAUAAUCUCGUCAUCUCGUCCAUCUUCACGUUCAUCGUCGCCAGCAAAAUCCACUUCAGUACUGCAAGAAAACAAUAUAAUUAUAAAGACUAGUAAAAUCGAUUAGUGCAGCUUGCAUCUUUCCAAAUUUCUUCCUUCAUGUUAGGACUAGGGACGAUGGUCAAUACUAGUUAAAAAUUCUUCGCGUCAAUACAUAUAAAGGCUGUUUGUAGAUAAAAGUAGAUACAUUUUCAAUCUUCUACCUUCCCCAUUAAAGGAUUGUAGUAACGUAGUCCAGAUCAGUAACACUGACUAGUUCAAUAGGUGAUAUAUUUUUAAUUGCAAUGGAACAUUCAUUGAAAAGUUAGAGUAAAUAUUUGCAGAUGACGGGCCAUCAGCUGAUCUCUUGAUAAGAGAAUAAACCGAUCGAAAGCGGCGCAGUAUCUCUUCUGUAAGGAUAUAGUGAAACAUGUAUUUAUAUGGCUUGGAAAAUUACCUUUAUUUCGUUCAUUUAUUUGGCGUAUCGAACUACUCGAUUUUAAAUGCCUUAUAUUUGCUUCAUAGUCUUAUUAUGCGUGCUACACGGUCAAAUAGUCAGUCAGGCUUAAAUAGGGUGGUUCCAAAUAGGGUGGAUUUGAACUCAUGAACCUUAAUCGACUAAACUAAACUAAAAUAAAUACUUAGCAUAGUAAUAUAGGACAACUUCCGUGAAAUAAACAACGCAAUAAAUCUAGCGUGUAGAAAACGAAAUUUCGUACUAUUAGAAAUUUCUUAACAAUUAUAACAACAAUUGAUUUCUGUUUCGAAAUAAUCAUUAUAAAAAAUUGUCCUAGUUACCUUUUCACAAUUUAUUUUCGAUUUAUUAUAAUAAUAUUAUAAGGUUGAUUACUUCAUGCUUUAUCAUUAUAUCGGUCCGUUACCUGAACUCAGCAAUAAAUGAAGAACGGUCGUCUUGUUUGUUCGAAAAUGAAAAUAUUUAAAAGAUAUCAUCUUGAAGAGAUAAAUUGCAAGUCGCAUUUAAAGAAUAAGAUAUAUAUUUAAUUUAAGCCAAUCAUGAUUUACAUCCAGGCUAAUUUAAAACCAGCCAUACCUUGUAACUAAUGCGAUACGCAUUGAUGAAUUCUCUGAACACACUAGGUUUAGAUCAUCUUUAUAUUGUAGUCCUAAAAAGUUAAACAAAUUUAAAUAAAGCAAAGAGUAACACAACAUCGUAGCCAACACACACGUAAAUGUGAUGGAUGUGCAACUUGUGUUAAAAAAAGAUCAAAUAAAAACCAUCAAAACCCCAAUCAUUUCACGUCGUCAUUGACGAAGGUUCCCCAAAACUAAAACAAUUUCAGUAAACGAGUUUAUCAAUGAUUCGUAAUAAAUAUGAAAUAAUUAUUAUGGAUAUUUUGACACAAGCGUUUAAAUACAUUUGCCUAAACUGCUAGGUAAUGUGUGAUAUUAAUGUGCUACAGCAUAACUACAGUCGUUUGUUGAUAUUCCUUACCGUUUUCAUAUUUUGCAUCAGCCGUGCAAUGGCUCAGAGAGCCUAUGAAUUGAAAAUAGAUUUAAAAAACUCAAAUAUCUUUGCAAUAAAAAAAUCUCAAAAUAUAAUCAUAGUAUCAACUCAAUGAGUUAGUGAAAGUUAACACUCUUAAACUACACACAAUAUAAAUCAACUUUAUUCAAUAUUUCGCAUUUCGUAGGAAUGAUGAUUUUAAGUAAAUUAUUAUUAGAAUCACUAUUUUAAGUAACAGUUAUUUACAAUAAAAAUAAUCGGCCUGACACCAGACAAUACCAUUUUAACGAUACAUGAUAAUCCCACUAUUAAUCAAGUCUGCGGCUUUCUGUUAACACCAUUUACACACCAGGAAAAACGAAUGUAUUCAAGUUAUUUUAAUAUUAUACAACAUUUUAUUUUUGAGGUAGACGAUUAAUGUCCCCUGUGCUAUUGCGUGUACAAACAAUAAAAAUAAAUUACUAAUGCAAGAGUGAGACAAAGCAGCAGUUACAAAUAAUCUCUUUGAACAAAGUCAAUUUUAUUUCAAAAAUUCUCUGUAUAAAAUAGGGGAAACUUUUACUUCCUAAUUAAACUGUGCCAUAAGAGCUGUUAUAUCAUUUUUGCAGAUAUAAACAUGUAUUUCAAUCAAAUGUGUACUAUCAUGUAAAUUCAUUUCAUAAAAGCUCGAAUUGUUUUAACAGGAAACUUCUAUCAAUUCGGCGUGCCUUCAAAAAACCCGUCUAAUAUUCAGUAAAGCGUUAAAAGAAAUACGUGUAGCAUAUGUGACAUUUUGCAUGCAUUUUACACCCACAAUCUUCUCUUCAAAAACACAUCCUGAUAACAACUGAAGACGUUGAACAUAAUCAUGCUAUCGUGUAUGGAAUUCAUUUAAAUAAAACAAUAACUACUAUGUAAAAGCUUUUGAACUGGCCCCACUAUGUUCACUUGUUCCUUUUUGUAUAACGCCAUGUGCAUAUGAGAGACAAUGUUAUGUAAUAUAUUCCGCUACAAUAUUGAGAUUGUUUUACACAUUCCAAAAGGACAAUUCUUAACAUUAAAAUCAAACAAAUGUAACUUCACUGAAAACCUAAGUCAAUAUACAAGAAAACUAACAACACUAGACGUAAAUCUUAACUGAAUCAAAGGAAAAAUUGGUUACUUCUGAUAAAACACCACAGAGAACCAAAUGUUGAUGAAUAGAUGAAUUAUUGCAGCAUUUAGCGCUACUAUAGCACACUCCAAUUCACCUAAUAAAGAGCAACCAUUUUAAACCCAA